CAGUCACAAUGGUCCACGCUCCCGAGAUCACCGACUACGUCAAGGACGCGGCGCACAAGCUCGACGUCGUGUCCGACGAGGUUGACGCCGUCAACGUCCUCAAGCUCCAGAACAAGGAGGCGGCUGCUGCGGCCGCCGCCGAGUUUGACGCCGAGUCCAAGUUUGAUGCCGAGAAGGACAAGACGGCCUUCAGGCAGUACGAGGACGCCUGCGACCGCGUCAAGAACUUUUACGCCGAGCAGCACCGCAAGCAGACGCUCGAGUACAACAUCAACAUCCGCAAGCAGUUCCAGAACACUGUGCGCGCGCGCAUGACCAUCUGGGAGGCGAUGGAGCUCCUCGAGAAGCUCGUCGACGAGUCGGACCCCGACACGUCGGUCGGCCAGAUCGAGCACCUGCUGCAGACUGCCGAGGCGAUCCGCCGCGACGGCAAGCCCGACUGGAUGCAGCUUACCGGCCUGGUGCACGACCUCGGCAAGCUGCUGUGCUUCUUUGGCGCCGAGGGCCAGUGGGACGUUGUCGGCGACACGUUUGUUGUUGGCUGCAAGUUCUCCGACAAGAUCAUCUACCCCGAGACGUUCAAGGAGAACCCCGACUACAACGACCCCAAGCUCCAGACCGAGCUCGGCAUCUACGAGCCCAACUGCGGCCUCGACAACGUGCUGCUGUCCUGGGGCCACGACGAGUACAUCUACGACGUGCUCCGCCGCCAGUCGACGCUGCCCAAGGCUGCGCUCUCCAUGCUCCGCUACCACUCGUUCUACCCCUGGCACCGUGAGGGCGCCUACCGCCACCUCAUGAACGCCGACGACUACGAGCAGCUCAAGGCCGUCGAGGCAUUCAACCCCUACGACCUCUACUCCAAGUCCGACUCGCCACCCAAGGUCGACGAGCUCAAGGAGUACUACCAGGCCCUCAUUGACAAGUACAUCCCCGGCGAGAUCGAGUGGUAG